UCGUGACUUUUUUCGGAAUUUUAACAAAAUGGAUUGUAUUUUGUUUGUCAUAUUCUUCUUCGUCAUGUCUCUGAAUUAUGUUUAUUUAUCUGUCACACCGGACCCCUAUAUGUGUGGACCGACUUGUUGUGCCGAUUAUAUCUUACGCAAUGACAGGUGUACAGGUUCGAGGUUUUGUAGAAUGUGAAGCAGGAACAUAUGGUAGAAACUGUAGUGAAACAUGUGAUGAUGGAUAUUAUGGCAGACGUUGUAAAGAACAGUGUUCUACAUAUUGCAAAGGAAUAUGCAACAAGGUCAACGGAAGUUGUCCAGAUUCACAUAACAUCGAGGAUUUCCUGAAGGUUAGAUUGUGGAUUAUUGCCGGAGUGUCCUCUGUCUUUGUUAUUCUAACCUGUGGGUUUAUCGGAGUCUUCUUCUUCUGCAAAAUAUGCAAAUGUGUUAUAAAGAAAAGAAGAACAGUUGGACAAAAUCCCAACCAGGACACACAGCCAUCGUAUGGUGUGCGGUAUGAGAGUGAUAGAGACAUGCAGGACUUCUCCGCUAACAUUACCCGACCUCCACCGACCAAUGAUAAUGGAUCUGCUAAUGGGUCAGCCAAUAAACAUGUACCCGAGAUACCUAACGUUGAAAACAGUAAGCCUAAAACAAAGAAACGAUACAACCUGGUCCGAAAAGUCACUGUGUCCCAGGAAGUGACGUCAUGUUCCAAUAUGUCUGAGGAUGACGAUGAUGUGUUUGACAGUGAUGAUUGUGAUGACUAUACAAAUACUUGUGGCGGUGUACAGAUCUCAGGGCUUCCAUCAAAGCAGUCCUCCUUUAACACGUUUCUGUCUCCAUACGAUAACUCACAGUCAGGGAAUGAUGACAACACAGAGUAUGGGAAAUUAUGGAGAUGACAGCAAUAGCAUAUAUUCUUGUGUACGGAAAUACACGUGAUAUUUCCUUUGAUUAUACUGUAAUCAUUUCAGUGGGAUUCAAAUUUUAGCUACUUUAGGGGUGAUAUAUUUGAGAAUAUCCCUGUUUAUUUUUUCUUAUGAUAAUAAUAAUAAUGUACUUCAUUUAAACAGGAUAGCACAAUUAGUUUAAAAACUAUUUUAGAUUUUGGUCCUGAAAACAUAUAUACAGACAGCAGCAUUAUACAGAUAAAUUAUAAAAUAGUAUAUUAAGGUAAGUUGCAUACAUGCAUGUAUGCUGUCUACAUAUUUAAAACUGAAAAUAAAACUGAAAAUAAAUAAAUAGAUAGAUAAAUAAAAAUAAAACUGAAAUUAAUAAUAAUAAUAAAAAAUCUAUAUGGUUUUCAUUUUAUGGUUUUAAUGGGGGAAAAAACAAUUCUAAGAUAAGCGGAUUUAAAAGUUUCCAAUGUUGGGUAAUAUUUUAAAAAUUCUGGCAUAUCAUUCCAUAACUGUGAACCGUAAAUUGUAAAAGAUCUUCUAAAGCAUUGUGUAUUUGAUACCUGGAUGUAUAAUGAAUUACCUUGACCUAAUCUGGUAGAUCUACCACUAAUUCCAUGAACAUACUGAAAUAUAUCUAAAUAAUCGUGGGUUAGACGAUGCAAAACUUUGAGGACAAGAAUGAUAGUUAUAUAUAAAAUGUUCUAUUUAAAAUCACUCUAGCAGCUCGCUUUUGAAGUUUGCAUGCAAGGCGAAGAUAACGAAUAGUGAUCAAUCUCAUAACUCUUAUAAGCAAUACAAAAUAGAUAGUUGGGCAAACACGGACUCAUGGACACACCAGGGGUGAGAUCAGGUGCCUAGGAGGAGUAAGCAUCCCCAUAAUUUGUAAAGACCACUCUUCUUUUUCAUAUUGCCCCAAACAGUACAACAGUAGUUAAAAUGAGGAAAACAAUUGUAUUACAAAUUUUCAGUAAUAAUUCGAUUGACAAAAAUGAACGUAAUCUAGAUAACACACCUAUUUUGCCUGCAAGGUUUUUGGAUACAAUUUCAACAUAUUAAGACCACGUGAGAUAUAAACACCACGUAGUUUUGCACAUGAUACAUUUUUGACAUCUGACCAGAAUGGCUACAAUUAUGCUUGGUUUGUGAAACAUAUAUCAUAUCUCAGAAAUUCUUUGGGUCCAAGUUUUCGCUUCCAUUAAGAUCAAAGAUAGUAAUCCUUAGAAGAAAUAAUUUGAAUAAAAUCACAUACAGGAAUACUUAGUAAAUACUAUACUCAGGAACCACUUUCUGUUUUAUUGAAAUGCGGGUGUUAAACCUUAGUUUGCUACGACUGCGAUUAUAGACUUUUAUGAUUUUUAUGUCCAAAGAUGAAAGAACAUUUCUGUUUUUUCAAAAAAAAUAUUUGGUGUACUUUAGUGUCCGUCUUAAUGUAGUGCUUAGCUUACUCUUAAGUUGUAUUUAUAGGAAUUAUGAGAUCCGUGAAUGUUUGUUAUAUUCUUUACUAUUUCUUUAUGUAUUAAAAGAAGUUUUAUCUGGGGUAUGAUUACAAUAAAAGAAUAGGAAACAUCAUUUCGAAAUAUCUUAACCCUGUUGAUGUUCUCUUCAGUAGCAUGCGUUUGAAAUAUUUCAAAAAGGUGUUUAGAUAAGUUUACCUAAAUAUGACGGUAAGAAAAAAUGUAGCAAAUAUUGCAAGCUUAAAAACUAUGAUAUACGUUUAUAAUUUGUUUGUUUCAUAUUGGUAGGAUCGAUUAAGUAUAUAUAUUAUUGUGUCCAGGGGUCCGUGUUUGCCCAACUAUCUAUUUUGCAUUGCUUAUAGGAGUUAUGAGAUUGAUCACUGUUCGUUAUCUUCACCUUUAUAGGAGUUAUGAGAUUGAUCACUGUUCGUUAUCUUUACCUUUAUAGGAGUUAUGAGAUUGAUCACUGUUCGUUAUCUUCACCUUUAUAGGAGUUAUGAGAUUGAUCACUGUUCGU